AUGGAUCAUGAUCAAGAAGCGGUACCAGAGGUGGAGAAAGCAGUCAUUGUGGAACAAAAUGCUGAUGAAAGACGUGGUUACGUGAUCACGCUCCAGGGUGAUGAUGAAGAAGCGGUACCAGAGGUGGAGAAACGUGUAAUCAUAGAAGAGGAUGUUGCUGGCAGGCGUUCUUACUUGAUCACACUUGAAGACAAACUGGAUCAAGAACAAGAAAAACUACUAUUGGCAUCAUGUUCUCUAGUUAAGAUUUACCCAUCCCUUGAUGAUGAUGAGUAUGCUGGCAUUGAAAGAAGCAUGGGGUGGAUGGAUUUUCAGAAGUUCUAUCACAAUUGCUUGAGUCACAAGGAAUCUGAAGAAGAAACUGAAGAGGAAACUCUCGCUAGAGCCCACCAACUAAGAAAUCUCUGGAUUGGUAAGAUGACCUCAGCCUAUGAUGUGCCAGAAGAGGAACGUGGAGAUGUACCGUUUAAACCCUACAACGUCGAUGAUCUAGAGGCGGUAAAAGAAACAUUCGGAGAAGAUCUAUAUCGUACAAUACGUAAAGCUUUCCGCGAGGUACGUGUGGCGUUCAAGACUGGGGUUGACUACAAGCCAUGGAACAGAGGAGAGGGAAGAGAAGCGACGCUAAAUGAACUCUUGGACGCGCUUCCGAAGGUAGCUCGACCGCCUACUCAUCGCCGUCGUUAA